UUCUUUUAGUCAAUUUUUAACUAUUUUAUUAUUGUUAUUACAGUAGAAUAUUUUAAAAUAUGUGGUCAGUAGUAGAAUUUGUGGAUGACAAAACUGUUGAAGCUGUACCAAAUUAUUGGUUUAAAAACCAGAAAUGUGCCUGGUCGAAAAAGAACAUAAAAAAAAUGAUUCAAACUAGAGUUCAUCCUAAUGUAUUGGAUUUUAAUUUCUAUGCUGCACGUAAAAUGGGUAAAGACAUAGAAAGUUAUAGUACUGCUUUACAAAAAGCUAUGAAGGUUUUGUACACAUCAGAUUUGUCUACCAAUGAGUCUUCAUCUCAAAUAAAUGAAUUUGAAAAUAGAUGUACCAGCAAUAAAACUAAAAGAAAAAUUACAUUCAAAGGGAAAAAAGCUGAUAAUACUUUAUUGUGGAGUCCUGCAUCUUGUGAUGUUUUAAAUGAUGAAAUUGAUGAUAGUGAUGAAGAUCCGAAUUAUAGUCCACGUCAUAUAGAAAAUAUUACUCAUGAAACUCCAACUAAAACCAUUGCUGAGAAAAUUAAUAUUUCAAAUUCUUGUCCACUUACAUUUUUAAAUGUAAAAAACGUUUGGCUUUUGAUAUUCCUGAGCGCCAUAGUUCUGUUAGUCCAAGUGUGUUUAGUGGUGUCAAGAAAUUAAAAAAUACUGUUCCAGAUACUAGAGUUUUAUCUUCAAAUAAAUUAAUAAAUAAAUCUUCCGAAAUAAUACAUACAUCUCAUCGCCCUUCAAAGUAACAAUGGACCAACCUAUAGAGUCAUUUGAUACAAAUACUUCUUCAGCAGUUAAUAAUUCUGUACUAGAUUAUCUUCAAAAAAUGAACAGAACAAUUUGUAACAUUAAGUAUGACCUGAACAUGGUGUCUGAUAAAAUUAAUAAUAUAGAAGGUAUGUUGUUAAAUGAUUUCAAAAGUGGAGGUCAAAGUAGUAUACAUUGUGAAGAUACAUUUCAAACAGAGUUCAAUAAUCUUUUGCCUCUUGAAACAGAGGAAAACUUGCAAACCUUUGAAAAUAAACUUUCAAAUAAUGCGUUUAGAGCUAAAAUGGUUGAAGAAAUUAAACGAUACUCCCGAAACACAUUACCGUGCACCGUACGAGCAAUUAUGCGUAUUAUUUUCAAAGAUAGACUACUAGAAGAGUAUAGCUAUAAAGGAAUAGGAAAUAAAAAAGUUUUUUACACAUUGGCAACAUGUUCUAUUA